AUGUCGGAAAUACCUAAAGUUAAGCAUUUGGAUCGCAAAUUGAAGCAAUCUGAAGUCGAUUUUAUGAAAUUGAUUGAGGAACAGAACAUCCAAAGAGUUUUAAAGCUGAAAAAGACGAGAAAGAAUAACAUUUUGACAGCUGUAGCACUUGGUGUUUCUGUAUUAGGUAUCUACGGAUACUCUAUGUAUGCAGUUAAACAAGAGAAAUUUUUAGAUGAUUUUGAAGAACCUGCAAAAGAAGAAUUAACACAAAAACAAUUAUAA